AUGGAUUUCCUGACGAAACAUAUGUCUUGUCUGUCGAACUGGCAGCUAAAUGUUGCCCCCGGAUGGCAGACGGUCGGCGCUUCCGUGCUCCUUGCUGCCGGGAGCUUGUUUGUCGUCUCCAGGGUGCUCGUCUUUGCCAGAGUUAUUCUAAGUCUGUUUGUGCUGCCUGGGAAGCCGCUCCGUUCGUUUGGCCCCAAAAGUAGCUGGGCCGUGGUUACAGGUGCCUCUGAUGGACUGGGCAAGGAAUUUUCUCUCCAGCUUGCCCGUGCUGGCUACAACAUUGUUCUUGUUUCCCGGACUGCCUCGAAGCUGACCACCCUUGGCGAUGAGAUCACCUCGAAGUACCCUACCGUGCAGACCAAGACCCUGGCGAUGGACUAUGCUCGCAAUCAGGAUAGUGAUUACGACAAGCUGAAGGAACUGGUGGAUGAGCUGGACGUGGCUGUGCUGGUGAACAAUGUCGGAAAGAGUCACGAUAUCCCCACUCCGUUCGCAUUGACCCCCGAGGACGAGUUGACGGACAUCGUGACCAUCAACUGUUUGGGUACUCUGCGUACCACCCAGUUGAUUGUACCUGGAAUGAUUCAGCGCAAGCGAGGGUUGAUCCUGACGAUGGGAUCAUUCGGUGGUCUGCUCCCAACGCCCCUUCUUGCGACCUACUCCGGCAGCAAGGCCUUCCUGCAGCAGUGGUCGACCUCGCUUGGCUCGGAGCUCGAACAGCAUGGUAUCACGGUUGAACUGGUGCAAGCUUAUCUCAUCACCUCCGCCAUGUCCAAGGUGCGUCGGAGCAGUGCUACGAUCCCCGAUCCGCGAUCGUUUGUGAAGUCUGUGCUGUCUAAGAUCGGUCGCAAUGGUGGAUCCCCCACCUAUGCGUACAGUUCGUCUCCGUACUGGAGCCACGGACUGAUGGCUUGGUUCCUGACCUGCAUUACGGGAACUAUGGGCAAGUUCGUCGUGGGUCAGAACCGGGGGAUGCACGAAUCAAUCCGGAAGCGGGCCUUGCGUAAGGCUGAGCGGGAGAAGGGCAAGAAGAGGACCUGA